CCGCCACUACAAGUACAGUGCUGUGGAUACAAACCCGCUAUCCGUGUAUGUUAUGCAGCCCCUCUGGGACAAAAUUAUUAAGAUAGUGCCUUUAUGGAUUGCUCCCAACGUGCUAACAUUCUCUGGAUUUGUGAUGGUUUUAGUUAAUUAUUUUCUACUAACUUUUUAUGACUGGGACUACACUGCCUCAGGUACCAGUCCUGGGCUUAUUCCAACCUGGGUGUGGCUCUUCAGUGCUUUUACCACCUUUUGUGCUUAUACCUUAGACUCCAUAGAUGGGAARCAAGCUCGAAGGACUCAGUCCAGUAGUCCUCUGGGAGAAUUAUUUGACCAUGGACUGGAUAGCUGGGCUACCUCCAUUUUUGUGCUCUCUUUUUUUUCUGUCUGUUCCCGUGACAAUGGGAAGACUGGAGUUUCUGUAUAUACAAUGUAUUUAUAUUUAAGCAUUGUCUUGUUUAACUUCCUGUGUUCACACUGGGAAAAAUACAACACGGGAGUUCUUUUUCUACCUUGGGGAUACGAUCUCAGCCAAGUGGUACUAAUAGCAGCAUAUCUACUGACUGGUGCUGUUGGCGUGGAAGUGUGGCACAGACCUUUCCUGUUUGGCUAUUACAUUACAGAUGUGUUAGUGAUCUUGCUAAUAGGUUUCAGUUUAUUUCUUUCAUUUCCACAAACACUGUACAACAUUCACAGAGCACGUUUAAAGAAAACACUGAAGAUUGGUUCUUUGUAUGAAGGACUUCUACCUCUUGUGUCACCUCUGUUGCUGUUCAUUCUUCUUACAGUCUGGGUGGUUUUAUCACCGGGCAACAUAUUAGCAAAGCAACCGAGGCUCUUUUUGUGGAUGGUUGGGGUUGCUUUCUCAAAUGUUGUUUGCCGCGUGAUCGUGUGCCAGAUGAGCGGCAGCCGCGCCGCGCCGCUGCACGCCUUCCUGGCGCCGCUCGCCAUCGUGGUGUGCGGCGCCGCCACUGCCGCGCUGCCCGGCGCCGCCGAGGAGGCCGCGCUCGCCCUGCUCGCCCUCGGCGCCACCGCCGCACACCUGCACUACGGCGUCUGCGUGGGGAGGCAGCUGAGCGAGCACUUCAACAUUUACAUCUUUUCCUUGAAGAAACGUGUCCAAGAAUGAGCGCUUGCGCUGUGGCCAGGCUGUAUCACUUCCCACGGGGAUGCGUGGCUCUUCUCCUGUGACAAAUACUGGAAUUAACCUGAUGAAAAUAACCAAAAAGAAUAGAAUAGGCCCAGACAUUGGAGCCACUGCGACAAGGAGCGGCGUGGAAAGAUGCCUCAUCUCAGAGAAGGUCCCUGUCCAGCAGUGACGUGUUCACCAGGCUGUUGAGCUGCUAAUAUUAUUUAUUCCCGCCACUAAUGCCACGUAACCGCCCGCUCCGAAGCUUUGGUCUUCCUUCUCCGUGCCGCUGUCUCUGAGGUCCUGGAUUACCCAGGAUCUUGGGGAUUUUAUAGCCAGUUCUGGCCAGUCUCUUCACCAGUGGGAUGGGAGCUCUGUAACACACACGUUCCCUGUGUGUCCUUUCCUUCACACCUUUGUGCCGGCUCCUUUUUGGGUAUUUAUUGCUUCGUAUCUCAUUUCUUCCAUAUUUAGUUGAGUGUGAGCUGCCCUGUAUGUGUGAGAAUGGGGGCUCCAUGCAGGAGGCGGUUGCCUUUAUAGCUGUUUUCUAUGCAGUAGCAUUAGGGCAUUGCUGCUAUUUAAGCCAUGAUGAAAUUUUGAAGAUUUGCUACAAAACCUGUGCCUGAUGAAUAAACUCAGCACACAGCUUUCUAAAUCAUGAAGCAAGUGGGGGGAAAUGGGCCAGAUAGGCACAGUCUAACUAUUUUUAAACCUCAUCUAUCAGUGAAAGAUGCUAAACAAGUAGCAAUUUGCCUGUGUUCUUCGAUCAGUUUCUUGUGGAGUUUGGUAAUAAUUUUUUAAAAAAAGUAAGAGUUUUUAGCACUCCACACUGACAUGCAGAUGCAAACUGCCCCCUUCAUACGAUCUAAUGUGUGUAGUUUUCUGUCUCCUUGCUGCUGCUCCCUUGGGUGUCACCUCCCCUGCCGGGAGCAGGGCAGGGGCUCUGCAGCCGCUCCGCUGGGCACCCACUAAGCCUUUCCUAAUCCUGGGACCGUUGGUCAGGCUUCACCCCUUGCCUCACAUUAUUUUCCCCCAGUUAAUAAUAUUCUUACAUCAAUCCUGCUAUUAAUAUUUUCAGAUGAGGACCUACUCAUUCCAUCUUCCACUUGCCUGCUACAUGAACUGCUUCAAUUUAGAUUUGUAUGGCCAGUUUCAGUACCUCUGUACAGACCUGUAUACAGACCUGACAGGGAGGCAAACCUACCAGAAAGUAGAGUGGGUUUCCUUGGCAGCUGAUACAACAUAUCUGCCAGGAGACAAGUCUGCRUAAGAGCUGAUGGAGAAAUAACAGUUUGAUGCAGGCAAGGGCUCAGCAAUUGCCUCAUUUGAGCUAUUUAUUUUUAACCCGUGCCUCAAAGCAUCUGGAGGAAGCCCCAAUGAGACAAGAAUUAGAAAUCAAUAAACAAAAAUGCACUGAAUUAAAAGGGGUUGUAUGGAAGAACUCCUCGGAGAGGCUUUCCCCCUGUUCUCCAUGUAUUUAUGAAACAGUUGGAARUAAGGGACACAGGGGUGGUGUGUGAUGCACUUUGAAAACACUUUGUCAAAUGAAAUUAUAAAACUCUAAAAGCCACCGCCUAGCUGCACAUAACCUUUCUAAGGAAAAGUACAGUGCCAGUUUUAAAAGGAACUAAGCUCUGACCAGCUUUUUCGUAUUCCAUUGCACUGCCAUGGCAAGUCACUUGUUCCUUUGUAAAGCUGCUUUUCGCUGCAGGUUCUGUCCGGACGGGCCUGCGCAUAACGGAUG